AUGCCUACACCAUCGUUCACACAGCACCCAUUCCUCCUCAGCGUCGAGGAUGUCGCCAAACAACUGGAAACGGACGUCGACAAGGGCCUCACGGCCGUGCAGGUGAAGCAGCGCCAGGCGCACUAUGGGCGCAACGAGCUCGAGGUCCAGGAGCCGACGCCCUGGUACUCGAUCCUGAUCAAGCAGUUUUGCAAUGCCAUGAUUAUUGUCCUCUUUAUCAUCCUGGGCGUGUCCUUUGGCAUCGGCGACGUGAUUGAGGGCGGCGUAGUGGCGGCCGUCAUCGUCAUCAACGUCACCAUCGGCUUCUACCAGGAGUCGCGCGCCGAGAAGAAAAUGGACGCGCUGCGCACGCUCUCGUCGCCCAGCGCCACCGUGGUCCGCGACGGCCACUCGACGGUCGUGCCCAAUGCCGACGUCGUGCCCGGCGACGUCGUGCUGUUGCGCACGGGCGACACCGUGCCCGCGGACGCGCGCCUCUUUGAGUCGGUCAACCUCAGCUGCGACGAGCAGCUGAUGACGGGCGAGUCGAUGCCCGUCGACAAGGUGACGCACAACCGCAUCCUGGACCCGACGUCGACGUCGGGCGCCGUGGCCACCGAGGCCGCGCGCGUGACCGACGGCGACCGCAUCAACCUGGCCUUUGCGUCGACCAACGUCAGCAAGGGCCGCGGCCGCGGCAUUGUCAUUGCGACGGGCAUGGACACGGCCGUGGGGCGCAUUGCCGCGGCGUCGUCCGGCAAGCACAGCCGCAAGCCGGGGCGGUCGAUGAACGUGCGCAAGUACGGCCCGCGGCAGGCGGCCCUGGGCAGCGCGCGGCGGCUCUGGGACCUGGUGCGCAAGCUCAUCGGCCUCAAGGACGUGACGCCGCUGCAGCGCCGCCUCACGUACCUGGCGUACGCGCUGUUUGUGCUGGCCGUCGUGAUUGCACUCAUCGUCUUUGGCGUGCACAAGUUCGACCUCAACAGCGAGGUGGUGCUGUACGCGACGUCCACGGGCAUCGCGCUCAUCCCUGAGUCGCUGGCCAUUGUGCUCAUCAUGACCAUGGUGCAGGCCACGCGCGUGAUGCGGCAGGCCAACGUGGUGGUGCGCGACCUGGCGGCGCUGGAGCUGCUGGGCGGCGUGACCAACAUCUGCUCGGACAAGACGGGCACGCUGACGCAGGGCGCCAUGAUUGUCAAGAAGGCGUGGCUGCCGCGGCAGCGCGUGCUGACGCUGCACGGCUCGACGGACCCCAACGACCCGACGACGGGCACGGUCCAGGAAGACGACGCGACGAGGGCGGACACGAACACGAACAAUGCAAACAACGCAAACUACGCAAACAACUCAAACAACACAAACGACGCAAACAACGAGCCGGGCGACGGCGCCGCGGCCGUGCGGAUGACGCCGGGCCUGCGCACGUUUCUGCUGGCCAGCGCGCUCUGCAACGCGGCCACGGUGCGCCAGGACCCGGAGUCGGGCGAGUGGCAGGCGAUUGGCGAGCCGACGGAGAUUGCGCUGCAGGUGUUUGCGCAGCGGUUUGGCAUGGGCAAGCGCGCGCUCGAGGCGGCCGGCUGGACGCAGCGCACCGAGUUCCCCUUUGACAGCACCAUCAAGCGCAUGAGCGUCGUCUACGACGCGCCCGCGGACGUUCCGGCCACGGGCGACUUUGUGGGCGCGCAGAGCGCCCGCACCAACAGCAUCGUGCUCACCAAGGGCGCCGUCGAGCGCAUCCUCGAGCGCUGCACGUCGAUGGCCCGCGACGACCAGGACGCCGAGGGCGAGGGCGAGUGCGAGCCCAUGACGGACGCGCACAAGGAGACGAUCCUGGCGCAGAUGAACACAUUUGCGCCGCUCGGCCUGCGGGUGCUGGCGAUUGCGUACCGGCCAUGGCACGGCCGCUUCCAGGACGAGGGCCAUGGCGAAGGCGAGGGCCAGAGCGAGGGGGCGCAGGCCACCGACAAGGAGAGAAGGGACACGGCUGCGGCCACCGCGCGCGCCGACGCCGACGCCGAGCAGGACCUGCGCGCGCGCGUCGAGCAGGACCUCGUCUUCGUGGGCCUCGUGGGCAUCUACGACCCGCCGCGCGUGGAGACGGCGCCGUCGAUCCGCGAGUGCACGGACGCGGGCAUCCACGUGCACAUGCUGACGGGCGACCACCCGGCGACGGCCGAGGCGAUUGCGCGCGAGGUGGGCAUUCUGCCGGACGCGUCGGUGACGGGCACGCUGCCGGCGGACGUGGCGCGCUCGCUGGUGCUGCCGGCGACGGCCUUUGACGCACUGUCGGACGCGGCGCUGGACGCGCUGCCGCAGCUGCCGCGGGUGGUGGCGCGCUGCACGCCCGAGACCAAGACGCGCAUGAUUGACGCGCUGCGGCGCCGCCAGGCGUUCAGCGCCAUGACGGGCGACGGCGUCAACGACGCGCCCAGCCUGCGCCGCGCCGACGUCGGCAUUGCCAUGGGCUCCGGCAGCGACGUGGCCAAGGGCGCGGCCGCGAUUGUGCUGGCGGACGACCGCUUCAGCUCCAUCGUGGCGGCCGUGCGCGAGGGCCGGCGCAUGUUUGACAACAUCCAAAAGUUUAUGCUGCACCUGCUGACGUCCAACAUUGCCGAGGUCAUUGUGCUCAUCAUCGGCCUGUCCUUCCAGGACGCCGACGGCUUCUCCGUCUUCCCCGUCAGCGCGCUGCACAUUUUGUGGAUCAACAUCUUCACGUCGGCCAUGCCGGCCCUCGGCCUCGGCAUGGAGAAGGCGUCCAUCGAGGUCAUGCACCGCCCGCCGCACGGCCGCGGCAUCUUUACGCGGCAGCUCGCCUGGGACAUGCUCAUCUACGGCGUCGUCAUGGGUGCCGUCUCGCUGCUGACCUUUGUCGCCGUCGUCUACGGCGUCAACGGCGGCGAGCUCGGCCACGAGUGCAACCGCGAGUGGUCCCCCAGCUGCCACGCCGUCUUCCGCGCCCGCGCCACCGUCUUCGUCCAACUCACCUACCUCAUUCUGCUGUCCGCCUGGGAGUUCAAGGACAUGCGCCGCUCGCUCUUCCGCCUCAACCCCGAGAACCCGCACCCCUUCCCCCUUAACGUGGCCACCGACCUCUGGGCCAACAAGUUCUUGUUCUUCUCCGUCGUCAUCGGCCUCAUCCCGCCCAUCGUCCUGGUCUACGUCCCCGUCAUUGGCGAGAGGGUCAUGAAGCACCGGCCCAUCACCUGGGAAUGGGGCCUGGUGUUUUCCGGCAUUGCCGUCUUCUUGCUGGCGGUCGAGGGCUGGAAGUACACCAAGCGCAGCAUGGGCCUCUUUGACGAGACCAUUGGCGCUGCGAGGCACGGCCGGCGCCGUGGGGGCGGCGCCAACGGCGGUUCAGUCGAGGCCGGCCGGCCGCCGCUGAUGCAGAAGAGCGUGACGAUGAGCACCAUGCAGUAG